GGGUUGAGGUUCGGAGACAUACGACAGACACUGUCGGGAAAGUAUGAGGAAAGGCUGCCUUUUAUGCACAUAUAUGUCCCCCAGAGAUACCGUUCCCGCAAUCUGACGGUCAAUGAACACCGACUCACCACUCCUUUCGACAUACACUCAACGCUUAAGCAUAUACUCGAAGGUAAACCCAAUACUACUUUAAAAUAUGGAUUAUCUCUAUUAGAGGAGAUCCCAUACAACAGGAGUUGCGAUAGUAUACCGAUAUUAGAGCACUGGUGCGGCUGUCAGACCAGUCAACCCAUACAUGACUUACACAGCGUUAGACCUAUGGCUGAGUUUGUGGUCACAAAACUAAAUGACUUACUGCACGACAAGUAUAGCAAUGUUUGCCUAAACCUAACAUUUGGUGAAACGCUGUCCGCAUUUGAACAGCAAAUGAAUGAUAAAGUGUUGCGAUAUUUAAAGUCAGACAAUGAGGACAUCAUGGUGUCAGAAGUGAAGCACUAUUUGCUGACAAUUCGUGUCCAUCCGAGUGAUGGUGUCUUUGAAUCGACCGUUCAUUUGAAUACGACUUCACAUCAAAUGCUUAUAAUUGGAGACAUUUCUCGCAUUAAUUUAUACGCAAAUCAAUCGCAUUGUGUCGACAGUCCGUGGCUUAAGAAGUAUUGCUUUUGUAAGGAUUUGUUAUGA